AUGUCUUCGAACAAUCAAAAUCCAAUUGUCCCAGGGACAGUCCGAGCUUUGACAAACAAAUGGCAAGCUGGAGGACAAUCCAAUCCACAACAGGCUAAUCUCUCGUUGCUAGAUGCUCUUCCUGAUCGAAAUUGCAGUCUUGCAGUUGCUAUCAACCGAUGGGAGAAUCGAACCGCACCCACUCCUGCGCAGCAGGCUCUUCAGCUGUUAAAAGCUCUUCCGGACCGGGAAAGUGCCCUCAUUUCUCAAAGCUCCCAGUCAAAUGUUGUUGUUCGAGCUCCUAGAAGAUCAACAAGUUUUGCAUUUUCCAGUUUACCUCCAGAGAUUCGACUCAUGAUUUGGAAUUUCGUCAUGUCGGAGCCUCAAACCAUCAGAAUCACUGACAAUGCGAUGAGACACAACAGAGCGCAUUCCCGUCAGAACCCAGCCAUCCUUUAUGUAAAUUACGAAUCCAGAACUGAGGCUCUCAAGCAACUCAAGCGACUCUUCGGUGGCGUCAACGGCAAUGGUUAUCCUGCACAGUUCAAGUAUUUCAAUCCAAGUUUAGAUUCUAUUUACUUUGAUGGUGGCGCCACCCGACUCUUUGUAUUUCCACCUACUAUUCUUCCCCCAGUUGCGGAUCUCACUCACGAAGCACCGUUGGCACAGGCUGACAAUGUUGUUUCCAUUCAAGUUGAUGAAGAUCAGAUGGAUCAAGCAGGACCCGCUGCAUAUUUCCGAAAUCUCGAAUGCUACGGAAUUCAGUACAACUCUUCUCGCCUCCCCGGGAUCAUGUUCGGACCUCCGUACCCAACAAACAAUGCAGGAAGACAAUUAUUUGUACGCGACAUACAUAGGGAGAUGGCGUUGGAUACAAGCAUGGCACGCGGGUGGUUUCAAACCCGACUCACUGCCGGCUUAAUCAGUAGAGUUCCUAGAAUCGAGAUUUUGCUUACGCGGACCGACCAGCGCAUCGUCGAUUCGACUGGUCAAUACGCUAUUGACUAUUUCCGCGACAAUCCCAUGUGA